AUGGACCCAAUUAUUACAGAGAAUCCUGAUGGAACGAUCCAUGCCAUCUACUAUCUCUACCACCCUUCGAAAGCAGCAGGAUGGGCCUUCCUAGUACUCUUCGGCAUCCUUACAUUGGGUCACUUCGUAGCCAUGUUCCCUUUCCGGUCCAAAUUUGUGACACCACUGGUGAUCGGAGGGAUCAUGGAGACCUUUGGCUACUAUGGCAGAGCCUGGGCUGGCUCCAAAUCAGACAACAUAGGUCCCUGGGCACUACAAGCAUUGCUCAUUAUGUCCGCGCCACCAUUGAUCAGCGCAACGGUCUACAUGUCGUUCGGCCGUCUCAUAAGUGUGCUGGAAGAACAAGGAAACGCCUUGAUGAGGCCAAAGUGGAUCACGCCGGUGUUUCUCACGGGCGACAUCAUCGCAUUCAUCAGCCAAAUCGCUGGUGUCGGCCUUCAAACCACGACGAGCCAGAGCAUUCAGGCUACGGGCCAGAAAGUCGUCAUAGCCGGCUUGGUUUUCCAGCUGAUACUACUCCUGUGCUUUCUGGCCAACCUCGUGGUGUUCAACAAGCGCACGAACGAGAACCCAACGACGGUGUCGGAGAACCCGCAGCUCCCACGAUGGCGCCUACAGAUCCUGUCUCUGUGUAUCUCGACAGCUUGCAUCUGGGUCCGCAAUCUUGUCAGGAUCGCUGAGUAUGGUCAAGGUCCCAAAGGCAGCAUUGCAGCCCAUGAAGUCUUCCUCUACAUCUUUGAUGCUGUACCGAUGUGUGCAGUACUUACGUUACUCCUGGUCAUCCAUCCAGGUAGGUUCCUGCAGCGUGCGCGAAGGCUGAAGCCGGCGACUGUCACUACUCCUGACGAGCCGAAGAUAGAAGAGGAGUCUUCAAGAUUGGUGUGA